UGAAUGCUUUGUAAAUCACCCACUCCAUAGCUGCUGAUAUAAAGGGUCACUUUCUUUACUUCAUUAAUACACACACCUCCCUCUUUGGCUACCUUACUUCUAUUUCCCUCUUCUCUUCCCCUAACCUUUUAGAACACAAGCUGUGUGCAUUGAUCUUCCUUAAACACAGCAAACAGCCCUUCUUUUUGUUCUGUCUUGGGAGUUCCGUCUUCAACCAGCUCAGGUAAGAAGCUAAUAAAGGGUUCCAGAAUCAACAAGAGAGGAGAGGAUGUCUGAUUCAGCUCAGAAGAAGAUGGGAAGAGGAAAGAUUGAGAUUAAGAGGAUCGAAAAUACAACAAACCGUCAAGUCACUUUCUGUAAGAGACGAAAUGGACUUCUCAAAAAGGCUUAUGAGCUUUCUGUUCUGUGUGAUGCUGAAGUUGCUCUCAUCGUUUUCUCAACCCGUGGCCGCCUCUAUGAGUAUGCUAACAACAGCGUGAAGACAACAAUUGAUAGAUACAAAAAGGCAUCUUCAAAUUCUCCAAACACAGGAUCUACUUCUGAAACUAACACUCAGUUUUACCAACAAGAAGCUGCCAAACUGCGUGUUCAGAUUGGUAAUUUGCAGAACUCAAACAGGAACAUGCUUGGUGAUUCUCUAAGUUCUUUGAGUGUAAAAGAUCUGAAAAGUCUUGAAAGCAAACUUGAGAAAGGAAUUAGCAGAAUUAGAUCCAAAAAGAAUGAACUCCUCUUUGCUGAAAUCGAGUACAUGCGCAAAAGGGAGUUUGAUUUGCACAACAACAAUCAGCUGCUUCGAGCAAAGAUAGCUGAGAGUGAAAGAAAUGUCAACAUGAUGGAAGGAGGAGAAUUUGAGCUGAUGCAAUCUCAUCCCUACGAUCCAAGAGACUUCUUCCAAGUCAACGGCUUACAACACAAUCAACAGUAUCCACGUCAAGACAACAUGUCUCUCCAUUUAGUAUAAGUUAAUAAUAAUAUGAUUUGAAGCACUCUGAUUGUUGGAUUAAGCAUAAAAGAGUGCCCCAUCUGCUGGUUGAAAGGUACUCCAAGGAAGUUGAAGAUUAACCAAGUCUUAGCUUCUGGACUCAAAAAAGACUUAUUCUAAUAUAUUAGUAUAUCUAUAAUGUUGUUGUAUGCUAUGAAUCCAAACAUUAAUAACCUUUCUUUGUCUUAAAUCUAUGUCUGUGAUACAAACGACUAACAUCUUUUCUCGUA